GCCGGCCCAUUUUCCACUGCCCAGGGACAGCGGCACUGCGCUCGGGACCCAGCGCCCUAGAGGGCUGCAUGGAGCUGUCACCAUUUGGGGGCUGAGUGCUUCUUCGCCAGACUGGGCUGGACGCGCGAGACGGAGGGAGGGAGAGAGGCAGAGAAGGAGGAGAGCUGUACGGGACAGAGAGCGGCACGGACGGGACAGCCAGCUGCCCGAGGCCACCGAGGACCUCGCUGCCCUCCCGCUGCCCACUCCGGCUGUUCCCUCUCUCCUUCUCCUCCUCUUCUUCCCCUCCUUUCUCGUCCCGUCCCUUCUCCCCCGCUCCCUCCUCUCACUAUCUCCACGGUUCCUGCCGGAGCCUGGUGCUCCCGGGGGAGGCAGCGGGGGCAGCUCAAAGUGGCGCGGAGCUAUGCCCGCAGCCACGGCGGCGUCGGGCCUCGAUGUGUCCCGAACAGCGGUGCUGGCGGACGACAGCGAGGAUCCGGUCCUUAAGAACCGCACAGGUCAGUGUAGCCGAGCCUUUCCACCUCAAGGGGGCACCUUCCAAAUAAUCCACGGCAAUGGCACCGCCAUUGGGACAGUGCUGAUGUUCCACUGCCCUAUAGGCCACCAGAUGCUGGGACAAGGCAUUACUAGUUGCAUCUGGAGAGAGAAUGGCACGGAGUGGACAAAUAAGACACCAACAUGCAAGGCUCUGCCCAUGUAUGAAACCUUUGGGUUUAAGGUUGCUGUGAUCGCCUCCAUUAUAAGCUGCGCCAUCAUCCUGCUGAUGUCCGUCGCGUUUUUAACCUGUUGCCUCCUCAAAUGUGUGAAGAAGAAAGAACGGCGUCAAACUGAAAGAGAUAUGCAGUUGUGGUACCAACUCAGGAGCGAGGAACUGGAAGACACGCAGGCUGCCCACUUCGGCUACAAGGGUCGAAACAACAGUAACAACAACAGGGCCAGGAAUAGGUCCACAAGUAUCGAAGAGGACACCGCAGCCUACGACAACCCAGGUUUUUCCAGAAACCAGGAAGACCAUGCAGAACGGAUGGGGAAUAAUGUGAACACUCAACAUCGAAAUGAAAAUGACUUGUGGUCCAUGGAGCAACUAGGCCAUAUGCCACAUGGAAGGUGCCUCCUUCCACGAGUCAGCUUUGGUAUACCGACGGUGAGCACAAUCCACCUAUCUGAAGUUCCUGGAGAAGAUGUGAGGAUUCCUAAAAAGCCUACGUCGUACAUCCCUGGUUAGCCAAAAGAGACAGAACCUUUUCGUGGGGCCCAGACCAGGAAACUGCUAGGAGACCUUGCUCUAUGUGCCUUAAAAACUCCAUUGUCAGGACACUGUCAGGCAUUUGUUGGGGAAAUUAAUCUAUAUCUGAAGAUUGUAUUCAAACGUGCUUCUAGGGUUAACCUGAGUACAUAACCAUUGUUGAUAAUGAACAGUGAUGCUGGCUGUUAGCUGGCUAACUAAUUGAAAUCAUAGCUGUCACCAAAAAAUCCAUUGUGAUCUUGCACAAAAAUGGGAACAAUAGCAACAUGUCAAUUUUACUGCUUUGAAUGUCACCAAGGAGCGUAACAUCUUUCAGCUGCUGAAUUCCUUUAACCUGAAUUUCUUUUGUAAAUUUGCAAUUGGGGAAACAUUUUUAAAACAUAUUUUUGCACAUUAGAAUAAGAAAAUUACAAUAAAAUAUUUCUUUCUAAA